CACUCAAUUGCGGCGCUCGCCAUGUAUGUCCCCGUCCCCGUACCUUCAAGCAAUCACUCAGUCACAGUGUUGGACAGCGUGCCACACGUGGGUCAGCGGCAAGAAUGUGCAACCCAGCUGAAGGUACCCACUCGUCUUCGCGCCUGCAGCUGAUGUGUUGUUGGAAUGUCGAUAGAUGCCCGACAAGUCCCUCCCUGCUCCCUCUGAGCUUCCAUCACACCACUUCUCCUCGAGACGGACCGCACUGCUGGCCAGUGCAGAUCAUCAACGACCAUUUUCUGAUUCAACUCCACUGCCAAAGCUUUGCACCCCGCUUCGCAAAAGCCGCAUCGCCACUAUGCGCGUCUUUUGCCAUAGCGUUGCACUGCACUUCACCUGCCUCUUGGCUGUUGCUGUAUACCUUGCGUCUGCUAGGACACACACCAGAAAGGCGAGAGCUCCUGGAGGCCCAGAGUACCAUCGCGUCCAUCUGAAGCUGCCAAGACGUGAACGCAGUCGUUACCUUCCCAAAAUCCGCUUGCGUGGGCACGAGACGAAGGUUCGCCAGGUACGACGUGACUCAAUAGUCGCCAGGUCUGCUGCUGCUGGUGCUGUGGUGCUGGCGACCCGCGACCUGAGGAUCACCCACGCGGAUGCAAUCAACACGGCCCUAAAUGGCGUUCCCGAGGAUGCUAGGGAGGCUCAUAGAGCGGCCCUGCACAGCGCCAUCCGACAUGCAUUCUUGCAGGAUCAUAGUGCUCAGCACUUUCGUCUAGAGGGCAUCCACCGUGAUCGUCAAAGCGCGCCCCGCUUUUUCGUCAGGGGCGUCGUCUGGAAUGAUGAGAUGGAGAGCAUGGCCCACUCGGUUCGCAAGCUAAUCUUGCCCAAUCUGAAUGGGCUUCAUCAUUGGCCGUGGUGAGAGAGGCGCAACUGCGGUACAGAUGGCGACAAAAA